UCGUGUUGCCAAAAAAUGACUUAAUCCUCCAAAGCAUGUAAGAUAGAAUAACUUGCAAAGCAUAAACGAAUGGAAAACUGAAGAAUGAAGAAGAAGAAAAAGAAGAAGAAGAAAAUGAAGAGGAACAUGAAGAGGUAUAAACUGGAAAACAUAAACUAAUUCAAAAUUAAGACUGUCAUUGAAACUGAAGCUGUAUACCAAUCCCAUCCCAUCGGCAUUGGCAAUUUGUUUUUUUUGGCAAAUAUUUCCAAAAAAAAAAGAAAAAUCUUGAUGGUUAAAAGAAAUUAUAAAUUGAGCUUUAAGUAGUAGAUCCACCGGUUUAAACCAGAACCGGUGGAUCAACAAGAAGUGAAUCCACCAAUCGCACCGCAGCAUCGGGCAAUUAUUAGCCCGCGUCACCGAUUGAACGAGUGCCGUUAAUAACUCCGGCAAAAGGAGAGGAAGAUGCACGAAUGGAUGAUAUAUUCAAGAAAAGAUGACACAUUUAUAAAAAAUAAUAAUUGUUUAAAACAAUAAUAAUAAUAUUGUUAAUAACAUCAAAGCCGCCUUUUGAAAGAUAAAAGAAGAACCGGAACUUUUUCCGCAUCCCAGCCCGUGUACCGCAGGAGAAGUGUCUCAUGUCACCCCUGGAGUCCAUGAAGAAGGAGUGUUUGGCAUCCAGCACCUUGUCCUCGACGUCAUUAAAAGGCACUUUAACCAAAAUCCACAGCAGGAAACACGAAGCUCGACAGAAGCUCUUGGCACACAGCGCAGAGGAACCGGAGGAGGACUGUAACACUUGCAGUUGCAGUUGCAGCAGUUGCAGUCGCACGGUUCGCAGGAUCCUGAUUGCAUGCAUCAUCUCUUUCCUAGCUCUCUCUUGCUCCGUGGCUAUGGAUUUCAGUUCCUUCUUGGACCACUGGCAGAAGACAGAGAACUGCCUUACUGAACUGAGCUCCUGCAGGAUUCAAGCUACACUCCAAAUCAUUAAUGACCUCCAAAUGAUGAGAAACUCGUCGAGAGAGAGCAAACACAAGAAUCGAGAAAACUUCUCGUCACCUGAACUUCCGGAAAUGUUAACCAUCUGGCACACUUGUACAGCUGUGGAAAUGGACGGCUUGGGGAAGCCUUGUGGCACAGAGCUUGCUGAGUUUUGUGAGCGGCUGCAUUCAGGCUUUUUCAAGUUUGUUAGUGUGUGGGAAAAUGAUCCAGCAUGCAGCAAUGGGACCUGGAUUUUCACCUCUGCAAUUGAAAAGAUAUUAAACUUAUCUGGCAUAGAAGAAGCGGAUAUUGGUCUUCUAAGGCACAGUGCAGACUGGACCGGCAUGAUCACACUGAGAUUUUUAGUCACAUUUCAAGAGCUGAACCAUCAGUGGAUCUUAAAUGAAGGAGGACCAGAUAUCCAGUAUAAAUGGUUGCAAACUAUAACCACAUUAAUAGUCCUCCAAGAUAUAUCUGAGCAUUUCCAGAUCUGCUGGAUGGAGAAUGUUGACCAGGAACUAAAUUUGAAAGACUUUUCACUUUCUCACCCAGGUUCCUCUUUGGAAGGAGCACACAUUUUCCUUCUCGCCUUGAGGAACAUCCAGAACUGCUUUCUUACAAGGACCAUGUCAGACCUAAAGCUGAAAUCCAGAGAUGUCUCAUCCAGCAUGAGCCUGAAGAUCAGCCUGCUCACCAUUGCAUGCCUCAUCUACCCCAUUGUGCUGCUCUCUUUUAAGCAGAUGACUGGCUGGAUCCAGGACUACGCACAGACUUUGAAAGAGAAGACCGAAGAUUUAAAAAAACAGAGGCAGCUUGCUGAGAAUCUGCUUCAUCAGAUGCUGCCUAAGUCUGUGGCUAAGCAGCUUAGCAAAAAUAGACACGUGGAGGCUGAGAGCUAUGAGAGUGUCACCAUUUUCUUCUCAGACAUUGUGGGCUUCACCGCUAUAUCAGCCUCGUGCACACCUCUGCAAGUCGUUGAGAUGCUCAACAAUCUGUACAUGUGCUUUGAUACACGCAUCGACUCUUACGAUGUCUACAAGGUGGAGACUAUUGGCGAUGCCUACAUGGUAGUGAGCGGGCUUCCUGAGAGAAAUGGGGAGAAACAUGCUGAUGAGAUCGCCAAGAUGUCUCUAGACCUGGUUGCCGCUGUGAGGCAGGUUCUCAUUCCUCACAUGCCCAACAAACGUCUUCAGCUUAGAGCAGGGAUACACACAGGACCAUGUGUAGCUGGAAUCGUAGGUUACAAGAUGCCAAGGUACUGCCUUUUUGGAGACACAGUAAACACAGCAUCCAGAAUGGAAUCCACCAGUCUGCCUCAGAAAAUCCACGCCAGCUCUGCAACUUACCUGGCUCUGAUGAAAGACAACGCAUAUGAGCUUCAGUUACGAGGAGAGAUCGAGGUGAAGGGGAAAGGAAAAAUGAAUACCUACUGGUUGAUUGGCCACAAAAACUACAGUGUCCAGAAUGACAGUCUGGUGUGCCACUGGAACCCAAAUCUCUCUAGAAAGAAGAAGACCCCUGUAGGGAGUAAUGUCUCAGUGGCAAAUUCUGUUAUCACAGUGCAGAGUGUAAGUGAAAGAACCACACCAGUUUCCCAGCCUGAGGCUCUUUACAUUCCAGAGACAUCAGAGGUCACGAUGUGUGUGUCAGCUCAGGUGGAGAACACUGUGGCUGGCUCUGGUACGCUCGGCUCUAUGAUGGGUGAUCCUCAGGAUGAGGAGAACACCAACAACAAACAAAUGCACAGAGAAACCUCAUUACCAGGCCUCGUACCACACUGCUAGACACAACUGAGAGUUACAUUUUCUUUUUUUUUUUUUUUAGAUAAACAAGAUUCAGAAAAUCUUUUACUUAGAUAUGCUAACAUUUAUUUAUGUUCUUUACAAUUUGAAAAAAAGAUAACAUUAUCUUGGACGGAUUUCUAAAAGUUUGGCUGCAUGAAGGAUUAUUUCAUAUAUAAUGAGAUAUUUCAAUGCAAAAAACUAAACAAUUUUUCCUUUUCACUCCAGCUAACAAGAGCUAUAAAUAUCUCAUACCAAAUAUUAAAUUGAGUGAUUAUUAUGGUUUCCUUCUGUCUGUAGCAGAAUCAUUGUUGGAGUUUCAAAUGUGAUCUCAUGACAAUCUUCCGGAUCUGGUAAAUAUCAAUGAAGAAAAAUUGUGUACAAAAAUUCUGCAAGCAGCAUGUCUUUGUAUUCCUUAAAUGUGGCCCUGUUGGGUUUAAAAUCUAUGGAGCUGAAUGUAAGUGCACAAAGCGGACAAAUCCUAACAGGCAAAUGACAAAUGAAAAUAGACAGAAAAUAAAGAUGUCAACAAAUAUUUUUAUAUGACUAAGCAGAAUUCAGUACCAAUAAAAUAUGUAUGUAUGCAAACAAAAAUUUAAGUAAUGUAACUAGUGGAUUUCUGUCUGUAGGAGAAACACAAAUAAACACUGAAAAACUAUUAUUAUGGGGCGUGUGCUGGUUGGGAAAUAGUGAGUGAGGCAGCAGAUCAGAUGACAGGGUUUGUAGCUCGUUAGGCUAAGGUUCAGGAAAACAGGAUUUGGUUUUAGAAUAACUUUAGAAAAAAACUUUUUGGUUUUGAUUAUCAUUUUUCUCGUUGGACUAUAUUGUACACUUGUAUGCUUCUUGUCUCUUGUUGGUCAGUGUGUACUUUUCCUCUUUUCUAUUUUUGUUCAAAUCUCUGAUUCACGAGACAGUAAGUAGGAUUUCAUUAGGCUGUACAUUAAAAACCCUACAUAUCUUAGUUUUUAACAAAUUAAAUGCAGAUUGAAAUCC